GUUUUACUUUUUUUUUUUCCCCAAAUUUUCUGCCCUAUCCCACUGGGGGCGAGGGGAGUGAGCAAGCAGCUAUGUGGUGCUUAAUUACUGGCUGGGGUUGAACCACAACAGAGGAAAAGAAAUAUUAUUACAUCAUGUUUGAGACACAGGAUUCUGUAUAUACAUCUUGUAUGAUUUACUUUUGCAACACCUGAUUUUGCAGGUUCAUGUUCAGUGUAUGAUCUAAGUCUCAAAUCCUUUCAGGUGGACCUGGAGUUUAGCAGUUUAGCCAGUCAUUCUCCUUGUAUUUUUAUAAGUUAGUCUUACCAAAGAAAGUGACUUAAGAGUACAUGCUUAAUUAAUCAAUUUUUUCAAACUUUCUCCAACUUGUUAAGAUUACUUUGACUACUGGUCUUGUCCUCUGACAGUCUGUGGCCCUUCCAAACUUCUGUUUUCCACCAGAAGAAUAAACCAUACUGUCAGUCAACCAGCCAAAUGAGGCACUAAUCAAAAUAUCAAAUACAAAAUUUUGCAAAACCCCACUCCAUAUGUCAUUGCAGUCACAGACUGAACUGUUAGUAACUGCUUUUAGAACGUGGCAUUCCAGCAGGCUGUACGUUCACCUCCCAUCACCUUAUGGGUCCUGUUCCUGCCCUGCCCUGAGGACACCACCAGAGCCAGCAUCGAGAACCUCACGUCUGCUGGUUUUCUCCUCACUGCCUGCUACAGACAGAACUGCUUUUGUUUGCCACAGCUGUACUAAAAUCCAUACUGGCUAUUAAUUUUUACAUUAUUAUCACUUGGAUCCUGUAGCACUUAAUUGGUUCUACCAUUUCUCUAAAAGACAUUUAUCUUAUUCUAAAGCUUGUUUAGAAAACUCUGAUUUUUUUUCCUCCUUUUUCAAAGAGACAUGGUAUUUAUCUAUAUUAUAUAUAUAUAUUUAUAUGACUAGAUGAUCUUCAAGGUCUUUUCCAACCUAGAUGAUUCUGUUUUCAAUCAUUGGUGUCUCAUCCAUCCUCCACUAUCCUCAGAAAUAACAGCUUACGCCCAUACUCUGAGCUUUUAUGUUUAAGUAUCUCUAAGACGAUUCACUAGUACCUCGUUUGAGCUGUGUAUUAAUCCCCGCGUUUUGUGUCCUGUCCUAGGCUCCUGUGACCGCGUUAAUUUGUUAGACCUCCCAUCACAGCCUGCUGCCGUGGCGAGGACAUUGCAGCCUUCUCCGUGGCAUUGGACUCCUCCGUUAGCCAGCACUGCUGCGUUUACCCUGAACGCAGGCGGGAUGUCAGCAGAAAAAAAUAAACAAACCACCGGAAAACCGGGGCCGCGGAAAGCAGCGCGUCACCUCUUGAACUGUUAGUACCUGUGUCAUGGCACACCAUACUAAAGUCUGAAAGCACAAAGCAAAAUUUCAUAUGGCAAUCACUUCUGUGCUGAAGCAUUAAAUUACUCUACUCUGAGGCUACUCCUGCUGGUACUGGAUCUGCAUAUAAUCACUGUUCAUGCAGAGAGUGAAUUAACAAUGAGGCAGCAUGGUGGGAGUACUUACAACAGAAAAGCAGGAAUCUGUGGCAGAACUGCCCUUUGUUGAAAAUUGUGGAAAAUUCUCUAGUGAUUAAAUUCAAGACGCGGGGCCAAUGAAAUAUAAGUCAAGUGUGUCGUCGGUGUCCUGUGGCCUGCAGUAUCCCCAUUUGUGGAUAAAGUGGAGUCCAAAAAUGAAUUUAUACAUAGUGCGGACUUACUGCUCAUCAGCACCGAGGAGGCCUGAAGCCAAGUCUGCGAUAGAAAUGGCCAUGAGCCGUCUUAAUCGGCUGACAGAAGCUGGGACUGUUAUGGGAAAAAACUCCCUUCAGAAGAUGUCUGCAACAUGCAAGAGUUGGUGGGACAGAUAUGAAGAGUUUGUUGGAAUUAAUGAAGUUCGAGAGGCUCAGGGAAAAGUGACAGAGGCUGAAAAUGUCUUUAUGAUAGCUCGAGGGAUAGUACGAGAGGCUCGUGAAAACGUGGAAGCCCAGCAGAUCAAACUGAAGGAAAUUCGGGACCGCUUGGACAGGGUCUCUCGGGAUGACACCCAGUAUUUAGAACUGGCUACUCUGGAACACAGGUUGCUGCAGGAAGAGAAGAGGUACCGAGCUGCAUAUUUAAAUGCAGAAGAAUCUGAGAGAGAAAAAUUCUCUCUCUUUUCUGCAGCUGUAAGGGAAAGCCAUGAGAAAGAACGAACAAGAGCUGAAAAAACGAAGAACUGGUCUAUUAUUGGUUCUAUACUGGGAGCCAUCAUAGGUGUUCUUGGUUCCACCUAUGUUAAUCGAGUAAGGCUGCAAGAAUUGAAAGUCUUGGUGCUUGAAGCACAGAAGGGGCCAAUAAAUUUGCAAGAAGCUAUCAAAGAACAGGCCUCCAGCCAUCACUUACAGCAGAAGGAUCUCAGUGACGUCAUAGCAGAGCUGAAAAAUGUGCUGCAAACCAGGAUAUCACAGGAAAUAAAAGAAGGUGCUUUGUUAACCAGAGAAGACAGGAAUGACUCCAUAAAACUUGAUUCUCUUUUAAUUCCUUUAAAUGAACAGCUAAACUACACUAAACAAGUCAGUUCAUGUCUAGGGAGUUUACAACAGCAGUUUAACAGUCUCCAGGAAAGUAUAGCACAAAUGAUUUCUGAGAUGCAGAGCAUUAAACUGGCGGUCCACAUGAGACCUACUGAACGAGUGACCCCAAGGGCUUCAGUGGAGGGUAAGGGCCAGGCUUCUGCCGUGAGAGAUGUGAUUUUAGAAUUGUGUGAUACCGAGCGGAGACUCGAAACUCAAAUCAAGAGAAAUUCUCUUUACAGCACUGCGUUGACAUGUGCUAUGUUUGCAAUUACGGUGCCAGUACUCUAUAUUAUACUUAAAGGGAACUGAUCUCUAAUUAAUUGCCACAAUUUACUAGAUUAAUAAAACUUGCGCUCUAAGUACUUAGAGUACAAGUCCAAAUAAAGUUGUGUUAACAUUUCUCGUUACGCUUUCUCCUGUAUAUUUGGAAAACUUGUAAAGAGUUGGUCCAUCUACUGCUGCAGGCUCUGUGUUUAACAGUCUGUUGUGUGUUAUGGUUUUUAACUCCGAGCAAAGGGAAGUCCACAGUUUCAUCCGUUGGUUUCUUUCACUGUUUCACUCUUACUGUCUAGUCUCCUAUAUCAUGCCAAUCAGUGACUUUCACUCUGGAGUUAUAUUUGUGAUUUUCUGUUCAAAUGAUUCUUUCAGUAUAUCAUUGAUCUAAGUGCUUUGUGUGUAAUCCUGUAUAAUUUUCCUCCUGAUUGCUUUAUAGUUCUUCAGUUUGUCCAUACACAAAACAUUAGGAGUCAUUUUACUAAACAGGUAGAAGUAUUUUCCCUGAAGUUUAUGGUUGGUUUGUUGUUUUGUUUGGGUUUUUUUUUUGUCUCUUCUAGAUACAAGGGCGUGACUUGCAGUGUGACAGACAGCAGGGCCAUGUAAAUAAGGAGGGUUGAAGUUACCACGAUACACUGUAGCUGUGCAGCCAGAUGAUGUGUUUAAAACACGUUUAAGUUACAUAUGCUAACUUUUACUUAGGGCACUUUAACACAAAGUAUCCAAAGCAUUUCUGGAGUGUCAUCUAUGUGUUACUGACAGCUCCAUGUCCUUAAAAGCUUGAAGGCUGGGAGAGAGAAAAAGGGCUCAAAUACAAAAAUAUCUUAAGUAUGAUGAUGUUUAUUCUGCCAAUACAAGCCAAUUAUCUGUUCUCUACAGACUCCAUAACCCAUCAGUCGCUAGGCAUUUUCUGGAUUUAGUAAUCAUCUAUGGAGCAAUCACUUUCUUAUCCUUACUAGUAUCUCAUGGGAACUUUCUGUGGGUUUUAUUCUUUUUUCAGUUUUGUCCUAUCUGGAAAUUGAAAUGCUACUCUACAGCAGGUGCUUUUAAGCUGGUAUGUUAAUAGUAAUAGCGUUACGCAAAGUAUUUCAAAAUACUAUCUGGAAAAAAAUGAAAGGUCCGGCUACUUGGUUUUCCUGGGAGGAUGAAGAAUGGCUGAUUGAGAGAAAAAUGCUUGUCUGAAGAGCUAAGCAUCAGUAUCUGUGUGUGGCCUCACAGAAAGUUGUUGGUAUCGCUGUGAUAAGAAAUAGUUUUCUCGCUGAGGUGGUAAUGGAUAAGCAAAUCAGAUGUCGAACUCCUGCUCUACAAGAACUUCUGUGGAGCCUUUGCAAACAAAUCACUUCAUGCUGUAACACCUUUGUGAAAGCAUUUCAGAAUGACUUAAGUUGUUUUUAGUAUACAGUCUGCUAUGGCUUUAUUUUUUUUUUUUAAUAAGCUCUUUCUAGUUUCUUCUGCCCGGUAACCAUAUUAAAAGAGUUUCAGGGUUUGACUAUAAGCUCCCAAGACUGAGACCUUUGGGACAGGGACAUUUGCUGUAUGAGGCACCAACUUCAUUAGGUGCUAUUAUAACAAGACCAAAUAAACAAUGUUAGGAAACAUCUGUGAUGAUUCACUACCUAUAAGAGAGAUGAAGUAUGCAAAAGAUGGUUUGGGGAAGGACCACUGCUGAUUUAUAUGCUGAUUGUCUGGAGUGUAAAAUGAAUAACAAGCAUUUGUCAGGGAAGGUGUAUCUGAUGGCUUGAGAACUGAGAUAAAAAUUUCCAUACACUUAGCUACAUCAAGAAGUGUACAUACAGAUCAAUACAAUUUUUCAAAUUGAUAAUAUUUCAUUUUCUCAUUUCACAAAUAUUUUUACAAGUUAUACUUCUUGGAGGAGCUUGAUGAAAAUCAGACAAGUGUGUAAUUAAAGGGAAAGGCAUAAUAUGAUGGUUCUGUCUGUAAUUUGCCAGCACUAGUCAGAGAAUUUUGUUCUCUUUUGUUGUUGGUUUUUUUUUAAUUCAGUUUAACGAUGUAGAGUUAGGUCCCCCCCUCGUUAUAGAAAUGACUGAAUUUUAGAUACUCAGCACCACGGAAAAGCUGAAUUAUAUAUAUAUGUGUGUGGUUUUUAAAUGCUGAAUGUUAGGCAGCUAAACUUGAAAGUCAAGGCAGCAUCAGAAAGGAGUGCGUCUGCAACUAUACUUGUAUAUAAUAAAUCAGAGAAUACGCAUCCAAGGGUUGUUUAUUGCUCUGAAGAGAUCUGCUUUUCACCCAUUUAAAGAAGGUAUGAUAGGUGGCUUUAACAUUACAUAGUUACGGGAAGAAAAUGUCAGUCAAUGAGAACAGUAGCAAAUAAAUCUGUGAUAAAUGAUUGUUUGAAAUACACAGCCUGAAAUUUGAGAAGAGCUGGAAGGUGCGAUGUGUAUCGAGAUGAAAAUAAUUGGAUCUCAUCCUUCGUAGGGAGUUUGGAAGUUUCAGGAACAGAUUCUGUGUGCAGCGUUGUGCAGCUGGCAGAACUCAUUGUUACAAGUGAUUACUGUGGUUCUCUUAUGUCUGCGCUUCCUUGCUAAAUCCUUGUAUGUGAAGUGACAGCAGAAUCAUUUCAAUUAGGGAAAAAAACCUUGUAAUUAACUGUGUCUAAUAAUUAGGCUGGCAGAUUUGUAUAUUCCCUCAAUCCUGGAUUAAUCAUCCCUCCAUUGUGGCAAUGAUCUAAACGUGUAGUUUGAAUUCUGCGCCUUAUGUAUACCCCAAAGCCAGAAGGUGUGGCUGCAACAGUAACAGCUGUACCUGAGCUAGCUGAAGGCAAUAUCCAGGAAAAUACAUAAUCUGUUCAGUAUUUUAUGCUAAACCUUUGUCAUGGUAACGAAGCAGCAGCAAAUAGACAAGUUAGAACAAAUCAGCACAGCUGUGUAGAGGUGUGGGCGCUCACGUUACUUCAGGUCCAUUUGCACUACCAGCAGUGAUUUACACAAUGCACAGUGACAUCUCAGUGCAUGUUUCCUGAUGAUUCAGCUAUGGCUAAAUGAAUAGUUUGUUGCCUGUGCUGUUCUGGGAUGUUUUAUUUAAAACAAAACAAAAGUUUUCUGUUGCAUACCUGUGGAUUUUUAACAAAGUUUGUAA